AUGAAAUAAGAUAAAAAAAAGUAAACACUUCUUCAAAACCCUAAAAAUCAAAGCAAAGGUCCCAAACAACAAGUCACUUAGAAACUUCCUGAUGACAUGGAAUCAGAAAUCAGAGACUGUUUCAAUUUUUAUGAUCCCUCCAGAACAGGAUUCAUUAAUCGUCAGAAUAUGAGAUCCAUAUUGGGCAAUUUUGGUUUUAUCAAUAAAACUGUAAAAGACAUAGAAGAAGAAAUAAGAGAUGUUGUAGAAGAAACUCGAGAUAGCUUUUCAUUGAAGGACGUUAUAUAAUUGAUUUCCAGAAAGUGGUUUGAGAAUAAAGGCAGAGAUGAAGAAAUAGAUGAAAUUUAUGAAUUGUUUGUUAGAAAGGAUCGCAAAGUAGGAUUACCUGAAAUAAAGAAUGUAUUUGCUCAAUAUCUUGACAUUCAAAUUAGUGAUGCUGACAUUCUUGAAUUCAUCUAGGAUGCAAGCAAGGAUAAAGAUGGGUUGACAAAGGAAGACAUCGCUGCUAAAAUGGGUUAUAUCUGA